AUGAUUAAGAAAAGAAAGAGAAAAUGAUCAAUAUAGAGUGUGGCACUUACAUCAUCUCCAUGGGGUUUAAGACCUACAAACCAUAUGAUGACAAUGGAAUCGUCGCUGAACCUACCUCGAGAAAUCGAGGUGGACAUACUCUCAAGACUUCCAGUUAAAUCUCUUUUGAGAUUCAGGUGCGUAUCCAACCAAUAUCGUUCUCUAAUUUCUGAUCCCUAUUUCGUUAAAUUGCAUCUCAAUAGAUCAGAGAACCGCCAGAAAAUCUUUUCCUCUAAUCCACCUCCCCAAUUCAUAGACUACGAAAGGAAAGCACUAGUGAAGUUGGAUUUUCCACGGUGGAGUCGAUAUCACAUCUACCAAUGUAUAAUUGCUUCUUGCAAUGGUUUGAUUUGUUAUGUUGUUGAUGAAUUCAAGGUUGUCAUAUACAACCCUUCCACUAGAGUCUGCAAGGAAUUGCCAGAACCACCCAUUGUUCGUCAACUUAUGGUCUUAACCGUCUUAUGUUAUGGGUUUGCUUUUGACUCCUCUAAAGAUGAUUACAAGAUAGUUUUGGGAGCGGGAACUAUUAAUAAAUAUGAGACUAUCCGAUUCUAUAUGUUUAGUUUUAGACACAAUUCUUGGAGAACAAUACAAGACCUGAGUCGUAGUUAUCAUGAAAGAUUUUUCGUGCCUAGUAAUGGAACCUUCUUGAAUGGAGCUCUUCAUUGGCUACUGAUACCCAGGGUCGGCAUUGAUAUACCAAGGGUAAUUUUUUCUUUCGAUUUAUGUAAGGAGGUAUUUAGUGAGAUGUCCCUAGAUAAUAUUCAGGGCAGAACGGAUUUGUCAUUUGACAUAUUGGGAGCUUUCGAAGGAUGUUUGUAUGCACUUUCUCGCUCAUAUGAUGUUAAUGGAGGAUUGGUUGAGGUGUGGUUGAUGAAAGAAUAUGGCGUGAAGGAAUCUUGGACUAAGUUUAUUACCCUCCCAUAUGACAGGGACAGACCCUUAAGUCACUUCGCACCAUUGUGUUUCUUGAGUAAUGGUAAACUUUUACUGAAGUUUGAUCAAUUGAAAUCAGGAUCCUACAACAUUCUUGACACAAAUUUUGUAUCUUACAAUACUAAAGGAAAUACAUUGACGAAAAUUUUUAAUUGUCCCCAUAUUUCUAGACCGAUUUGGUAUGUGGAGAGUCUGGUCUCACCCAACUGCAUUGAUGGGAAUGAUGAGCAGCCCCAGCACUUGCAGUAACAUUAUGUGGCCGACCCCAUUCGUGUGGAAAAAAUAGCAGUGAUGAUGAUGUUGCUGUGGCUGAUUUACUUUGUGUGUUUCUUCCUUCUCUGGAAAUGGAUGGUUGUUGAAUACUGCGUUGGACGUUAUACAUAGAGACUGAUCUGCAACUAGUGGGCUGAUUUCCUUUUCUUUCUUGUUUUUUCCGUGAAUGGUAUGUUGAAAAUCUGUGUUAGUUAUAUAGUGAAAAUUAGACAAAGAUGAUUAAACCGUUUGAGCUAUGAUUAUUUUGAUGAAAUUUUGUGUAUCUCUUUCUUGUAAUUUUUUGGGAGGUUUUCAUUAUCCUUUUUAUUAUAAAGUUGCUUG